AUGACAGACACUGGCAAUGGCAACUAUGAUGCUUUCAGAGACUGCCUGUUCUCACACGUGGUGGAGAAGCUCACUGGAGGAUCAAGAAAAGCCCCCAAACGCUCCUCUCUAGGCAAGAAAGCCCGACAGAACCAGUCUGAGCCCUCUGCACUCGAUGCUUCUGGGCCUGAUCCUUCUGAGCUGGCUGACUUCUCGGAUUACCUGGCCACCGAUAUCUUUGCCAGUCUGCCGGUUCCUUUCCAGGAGUUAUCCUAUCAUGGACUACAAAACGACGCUGUGCACGCGGACAAGUGGUCCCUUCCACUGACUUUGACCGUCCUUGACGAGCUCUGUGCCCAUCUUCCAGGGGACAUAAACGACAGCCUGAAAGCAUAUGGACUCAUCGAACCUCCCAAAUCUGACAUGCAGUCCUUCAUGGCGCCGGUGCUCUCGGGCUACAUUGCUGCUGUGACGACGCCGCCACCCAAAUGGUCAGACACAAAGACAAAGGCGUGCGAGAUCUGCGACAGGGAGUGGGUUCCACUCACCUACCAUCAUUUGAUACCAAAGCAGAUCCACGCCAAAGUGCUCAAGAGGAAUUGGCAUGAAGAACACCAGUUAAACAGCGUGGCAUGGCUGUGUCGAGCUUGUCACAACUUUGUUCAUCAGAUGGCUUCGAACGAAGAGCUCGCCCGAGAAUGGUACACGGUCGAGUUGAUUUGCCAGAGAGAGGAUGUCCAGAAAUGGUCUCAAUGGGUCCGACGCGUCCGUUGGAAGAAGACUUGA